CCACUAACUGUCCCUUUGGGUACCGUAACUGGCGAGGGUGGCGAUAAAUGUGUUAUGCUGGUAUUGACUGGCACGAUAUUGUAUGCUACAAGGUGCAGUUGCGGCCACUGCGUUGUGAUGCCCACGACGCGAGAGUGCCUGUGCUGUCAAGAGGUCAGCCAGGUCACCGCCAAGGCCGGCAACAAGUGCAUCACGCGCCACAAAGACUUUUUUGGUGCCAUCCUGAACCCCGUCGUCCUCCAGAUUGCUUAUGGCAUGAGGGCAAUGGAGCUGCACGACGGGGAACUCCUCAGGCAGAGAACGGCCCAUAAGAAAUACAGGUAUGUGGCAUACCGUCAGUUCUCCAGGUGGAUAUGGCAGCGGCUUGGCAAAGGCAACAGGAAAGUCCUGCCCUCCUGUGUCAUCCAAGCCAUCCGAACUGCCUAUCCGUCUGAAGUAUAUCGGGGGUUUGCGUAUCCCGCUUUGUAA